AUGAGCAGCCUUCGAGCCAUCUCCUCCCUCCUCCAUAUCUACUACUCGUCCGCCGCCGUGAGACGAGGCGCCGGGCGGCUGGGGUUCACGCCGGCCCUCGGCGGGAGCUUCAGGGUACCGUCGAAUUCCAGUCCGCCCGCGUUCGUGCUCGACGAGGUCGCGAGGGCGGCCGGCGGGGUUCGGAGGAGGGCGUCCACGCGCGCGGCGAGUUGGGACUCGGAGAAGUCACCGUACGAGACGCUUGAGCUGGGUAGGGAUGCAGACGAGGAGACCAUAAAGACUGCCUACAGAAGAUUGGCCAAGUUCUAUCACCCUGAUGUUUAUGAUGGUAAGGGAACCCUUGAGGAAGGGGAAACUGCUGAAGCCCGUUUCAUCAAGAUCCAAGCAGCGUAUGAGCUGUUGAUUGAUGAUGAAAGGAGAAGGGCAUAUGAUAGAGAGCAUCAUGUGAAUCCGAUGAAGGCUUCUCAAGCAUGGAUGGAGUGGGUAAUGAAGAAGCGGAAAGCUUUUGACCAACGUGGUGACAUGGCUGUGGCUGCUUGGGCUGAGCAGCAGCAACGUGAAAUGACACUACGGGCACGGCGUCUCUCACGCUCAAAGGUUGAUCCUGAGGAAGAAAGGAAACUAUUUGCCAAGGAAAAGAAGGCAUCUAUGGAAUUCUACAGCACAACUCUGAAGAGACAUACCCUUGUGUUACGGAAGAGGGAUAUUAUGCGCAAGAAGGCAGAGGAGGAGAGGGAUAAUGAGAUCAGUAGACUUCUAGCGGCGGAAGGGCUUGAGCUGGAUACAGAUGAAGAUGAAAACAAGACUUUUUUGGGGUAA